UCUCAGGCAGGAAACUCGGAUUCGCGCAGUGCUAGUGAUGUUUUGACGCCUUUCCUUUGUUCAUCUUGCGCGUAUACAAAGCAUAUACUCUCCUCUUGUCUCGAGAUCGCAUAGUCGACUAUGCUAUUCUGCCCGACGUGCGCGAAUCACCUCGUCAUCUCCGCGGAGACGGGGUUCAACAAGUGGGCGUGCAACACCUGUGCGUACGAGUUCCCGAUAACGAAGCAGAUGACCUCGCGGACGAAGAUGAAGCGCAAGCAGGUGGAUGACGUCCUGGGCGGAGACGAGAUGUGGAAGCACGCGGAUUCAACUGCGAUAUCGUGCGACAAGUGCAAUCACGGCCGUGCAUACUUUUAUCAGCUCCAGAUUCGGAGUGCGGACGAGCCUAUGACGACGUGUGCCAGAUGUGCUGGCUGUGGAUACAACUGGAGAGAGAACUAGAUGUUCACCUCCACCUUUACUCUGUUUCCAGUCACCAUGGCGUUCGAUCUAUCUUUGGCAUCACGACGCGAAGUCCAUUUCAGGCUGAGUGAGAGAAGACUCUCAUAGCCCAGCAGCCGCGUUUGCAACACGCCCAAGGACGAGGAUGAGGAGGUUAUGGCUUCAGCUGGAUGCUCAUCCAGCCACAAUAACGCGAACUUGCAUGUUUGGGAUUCAUGCACAUGCUGUAUCUGCCUGUAUGGCAUCGAGUGAGAUAGGGGACGGAUGUGGGAUAUUGAAGAACGAUAGACGCUUUCAUUUGCAGCUGGGUUGUUGAUAGAAUGGGUGCUGAUGUUCCUGGACCUGUUCAUUUGUUUGCUUGUCUGCUUAGCGCGUGCCGCCGCCUUAGUGCGCCGCCCCAGAGGUAGACUUCGUGAUUGCAUCACCCUCCACCCACCCAUCAGGCCUCCCCGCCUCAUGACCCACCAUCUCUGCCAACUU